AUGGUAGAAGCAUGUAACGCAAGCAGAACAGAGAGGUUGGCAAACGCAGACUUGGUUUACCUUGAAAACUACAUCAGAGAAUUUUCAUCUAAGUAUGUAUAUACUCAUCAUGCAUCGAGUAACGAGCCUUUAACCGAGAAACUUCGUAAAUCGAUGACAGAAAAUGUUAAAUCGACAGCUUACGGUAACCUGUUGAAUCCACGGAAUAAAGUAAACCUUAAAAUAAAUGACGGGAAAUUUGUAGAUGACGAUCAACAAAUUUUAAACUUCGCAAAAGAUGAUCUAUCCAAGAAUACGUCGACUAAAAUUCCCGCAAGAUUGUUGGAGCCACUUGGUUCUUACAUCAAAUCUAUUGGUCAAAUUUCAUGUGGAAGAAUUCGAGGAACAUGCUGGCUUGUUACAGACAUGCUGGUCAUAACUAACUAUCAUGUUUAUUUGUCGUUUAACACGGAAAGAAUAAAACGUGAAAAUCCCAGCUUGCAAAUCACAGUUUCAUUUGAUUAUUUGCACCCAGGACAAACAGAACAUGAUGUUGUCAUUGUAGAAGUUGAUGAAAGGCGGAAUCCCCAGCUUGAAAGUUCCGAGCUGGAUUAUAAAUUUUUACGUUUGAAAGAAAACGAGGGUCUUGAAGACCGCGUUCGACUUGGUUCAAUUGUUAGAAGUCGUCCUUUACAAGACGGUCGCGUUGUUAUCGUUGGUCAUUCUGAUGGAAGCGAAAUGCAGCAAGAAACAUGCGUUAUUGUCAGCAAUUACUCCUGGCGUGAGAGACUAAAGCAAAGGCAGGAGAAACUUGAGGAACGUCAGCCCACGCAUGAGGUCAAUUUACAAAUUUCUGCUGGCGUACACAUGACCAAUGACGAUAAACUACGUACGUCUGUCAAUAAAUAUCAAAAACAACGAUGUCUUCCAUACGAUACAACUCUAUUUUCUGGUGCCAGUGGUUCUCCUGUUUUUGAUCUGAACGGGAACAUCGUUGCGAUGCACACACAGGGAUAUACAUUACACAUUGACGGAAGAAAAUGGUCCUUGAUGGAGUUUGGUGUCCAGUUCAGUGCAAUUUGCGAAGACAUAAGAAGGCAGUAUACGUAUAAUGUUGUUGAACAGUUAUUCCCCAACUAUAACAAAGAAGAAGAUAUGGAUGUAGAAAUUACUACCCAACAUAAUUAG